AUGACGCCUCUGUGGUCGCAGUUCGGAAACCGAGGGACGCAAUGUCGCUCGUCUCAAAUUUUCCGUGACUUUUUGGCGCGUGGAAGUUUUUGCCGAUAUUCCACGAAGUUGGACGCUACUCGCACUAAUACGGAUGAAGGGGAGUUCCGAGUUCUCGAUAUCGCCCGAAAGCGCGCUCCCCGGAACGAGCAACGUGAACGAAGAAAGAAAAAUACGCCUAUCUUACCGCCGAGGGCAGAUCGGAUGCCCAUAGAUCAGGAUUGGGGAAAUGUGUGGCCGACCUCAAGAACUUUCCAUCCGGCGACGGUCCCGUUGCCCCUUCGAAUGGGAUACUCAGAGAAGGGAGUCGCUCCCGGAAAAUUUGCGAACGCCGAAUUAAUGAAAAUUCCCAACUUUUUGCAUUUGACCCCACCGGUGGUUGCUCGUCAGUGUGAAGCCUUAAAAAAGUUCUGCACUUCGUGGCCAUCCGGAUUGGAAACUGAAAAAGAUGUUCAGCGACAUUUCCCGCUUGAAUUUGCCACCUGCAGUUACCUGCAUUCGGGAACUUCGAUUCGGGAUCCGAAUGCCAGGAUUGUCACUCUAAAGUUCAAGCUGUCGACGUUGAACCUCGAUAAACGAAGCAAGGAUAAAUAUCUGCGAUUGUUGGGUGAGAAAUACGACGCCAAAACGGACACUGUCACCAUAGUUGUGGACCGCUGUCCUUCUCGGCAGCAAAAUCUUGAUUUCGCCCGCUAUGUUUUUUCUGUGCUGUUCAUGGAAGCUAAGCAAGUUGAAGAUUGGGAAAGUGAGAAAAAGCUACAUGAUCUGGAGGAGUUUGUGUGGUCUGGCAGCACUUCGGAGAAUAAUGCAUUGGCGUUGGUGAACAAAAUCAAAGCCUCGAAGUCAUGUCCGAAUGUGUAUCAAAGUUUACCCAGUGAUCCCAGCGCGGACGAAUUUGAAAAACUGGAAGUGGUUCAGGAGUAUUCUCGUGUUUUGAAAACGGUGCUUGAGGACGGAGAAACGAACGAAAAUUGGGUCAAUUACGGAAAAGCGGUGGAAAAGCUUUUGGAUAUCCCUAGAGUCGAAUCUUCUCGAUAGAAUAAAAAUCGCUCAUUUUUCCGUGAAUUCUUGUUCGAGGCUUUGGAUUGGCCGUUUUGAAUGCAGCUGUGUUCAUGAUGCGAAUUGUGCGCGUGCCUAAUGGUAUUGAAUAUUUCGUUAUUCGAUAGA